AUGCACCGAGAGGUGAAGUGCUGGCAGGAGUGCGUGGUGCCCAACUUCGUGACCUCCAACUGCUUCAUCGCCCAGGCCUACGCGAGCGCCAUCGCGAGUUUCCUCAGAGAUCACCUUGGGAGGCGAGAAAAAGGAUGGGUCGCGGUGGGGGAGCAGCCAGAAGCCGGCGCCGGAUCAGCCAAGCUGAGCUACGUGCUGCUCCAAAAGCUGCUGAAGCUGUCGGAGUAUCUCCCUCGGCCGAGAGGUAACGCCGCAUCCGAUGGCGCUGCUUCUGCCGAUGGUGACAACAACACCGCUACCGGAGGAAGGGGGUUCUGCUUCAAGUACGUCAUCACGGACUUCUCGCACGCGAACUUCGGCUUCUGGAUGAACCACCCCCGGCUGCAGGAGCUGUUCACGCUGGGUGUCGUAGAUUUCGCCGUCUUCGACGCGGAGGCUAGGCCGGGGGAAGUAGGCGGAGGAAAAGGGACCACCAAAGGGGACGCUGAAAGCGAGCCACCGCCGUCGCCGGAAGAGGGCCCAGAUCCUGCGGCGCCUGGGACUUGUGGUGGGGGUGGAGGGGCGGGGCUGUGGGGAUCGGGGUGCCUACGGCUGGAGCUGUCUGGGGAGGAACUGCGACCGGGGGACCUGGACAACCCGGUCAUUGUGGUGGCGAAUUAUGUGUUCGACUCGCUCAAGCAGGAUGCCUUCCGGUGUGUAAAGUAG